ACAAGCAAAUUCAGCAAUAGAAAAACAUGGCGCUGUGCUAACUGUCAAAUACCCACAAAAAACCGUACAUUGUAAUCGUUUUCUUCUUCAGCAACCUAAAAGCAAAACAUUUGUGUGGUGCAAAAAAGACUUGUAAAAUAUAUAAAUAUUUAACAAACUUAUAGAAAGAACUAUAAAUUAUGUCUAUUGGAGUGCCCAUAAAAGUUCUGCAUGAAGCAGAAGGCCACAUUAUAACAUGUGAAACAAUAACCGGCGAAGUAUACAGAGGAAAGCUCAUCGAGGCCGAAGACAACAUGAAUUGCCAAAUGACACAAAUUACGGUAACAUACCGCGAUGGGCGGACAGCGCACUUGGAAAAUGUGUAUAUUCGUGGCUCCAAAAUACGUUUUCUCAUACUGCCGGACAUGUUGAAGAAUGCCCCAAUGUUUAAGAAACAGACGGGCAAAGGUCUGGGCGGAACGGCGGGAAGAGGGAAAGCCGCCAUACUUCGGGCACAAGCUCGUGGCCGUGGACGAGGAGGACCUCCAGGUGGCGGAAGAGGUGGUCCGCCGGGUGCUCCUGGCGGUGGUCGAGGCGCUUGGCAAGGUGGCCCCACUGGUGGACGUGGUCGCGGUGGCCUGUAAACGUAUUACUUCUUAAACGCCCGGUUUUUUAUUUUGAAUAUAAUUAAUUUUAAUUGUUCCCCAUAUUUAGUUGUGUAAGGCAAACUUGAAUUUAGAUUUGUGUAUUUGUGUGCUAAUUAACUCACAUCAUCCCAACUAUGAAUUCUUUUCAACAUCCAAUUCAGGAGAAUCUUACUAUAGAAAAAGUCAAAUAUUAAGUCAAGGAUUAGUAAGUUAAAUAAACCACACCAUGGUUUCCAAUAAAUUUGAAAAUAUUUAAAAAAUAUCCAAAAUUAAAAA